GCGGCGCGGGGCGGCGGUGUCGGGCUCGGGUCUGCGGGUACCCCGAGGAGUGCAGCAGCGGCGGGUGCUCGUCCCGGCCGCGCGGCCAUGAACCUGGAGCCGCUGCGGAAGCGCGUCCGGCAGUAUCUGGACCAGCAGCAGUAUCAAAGUGCUCUGUUUUGGGCAGACAAAGUAGCUUCGCUCUCUCAUGAGGAUCCCCAAGACGUUUAUUGGUUGGCUCAGUGUCUUUACCUGACAGCACAGUAUCAUAGAGCAGCCCAUGCACUUCGGUCACGGAAGCUGGACAAAUUGUAUGAAGCUUGUCGCUACCUUGCAGCCAGAUGCCACUAUGCUGCAAAAGAGCACCAGCAGGCUCUUGAUAUUCUUGAUAUGGAAGAACCAAUCAACAAAAGGCUAUUUGAAAAAUACUUGAAGGAUGAAAGUGGCUUGAAAGAUUCCUCCUGUGACUGGGAAAUGUCACAGUCCUCAAUAAAGAGUUCUAUUUGUCUUCUACGAGGGAAGAUCUAUGAUGCUCUAGAUAACCGAACCCUAGCUACCUACAGUUACAAAGAAGCUUUGAAGCUUGAUGUCUACUGUUUUGAAGCAUUUGACCUUUUAACAUCACACCACAUGUUGACAGCACAAGAAGAAAAAGAACUUCUUGAGUCACUGCCUCUUAGCAAGCUGUGUACUGAAGAACAGGAAUUGCUACGAUUCCUGUUUGAGAACAAACUGAAAAAGUAUAAUAAGCCUAGUGAAACUGUCAUCCCUGAAUCUGUAGAUGGCUUGCAAGAGAAUCUUGAUGUGGUGGUGUCCUUAGCUGAGAGGCAUUAUUACAACUGUGAUUUUAAGAUGUGUUACAAGCUUACUUCUGCCGUAAUGGAAAAAGAUCCUUUUCAUGCAAAUUGUUUACCUGUACAUAUAGGGACCCUUGUGGAAUUGAAUAAAGCAAACGAACUUUUCUAUCUUUCUCACAAACUGGUGGAUUUGUAUCCUAGUAAUCCUGUGUCUUGGUUUGCAGUGGGAUGUUAUUAUCUCAUGGUUGGUCAUAAAAAUGAACAUGCCAGAAGAUAUCUCAGCAAAGCUACAACACUUGAGAAGACGUAUGGGCCUGCAUGGAUAGCCUAUGGACAUUCAUUUGCAGUUGAAAGCGAGCAUGACCAAGCAAUGGCUGCUUACUUCACAGCAGCACAGCUAAUGAAAGGGUGUCAUUUGCCAAUGUUAUACAUCGGAUUAGAAUAUGGUUUGACCAAUAACUCCAAACUGGCUGAAAGAUUUUUCGGCCAAGCUCUGAGCAUUGCGCCAGAAGACCCCUUUGUCAUACAUGAAGUCGGGGUUGUUGCCUUUCAGAAUGGAGAAUGGAAAACAGCAGAAAAAUGGUUUCUCGAUGCUUUGGAAAAAAUUAAAGCAAUUGGGAAUGAGGUAACAGUUGACAAAUGGGAACCUUUGUUGAACAACUUGGGGCAUGUCUGCAGAAAACUUAAAAAAUAUGCUGAAGCAUUGGAUUACCACCGGCAGGCAUUGGUGUUGAUUCCUCAGAAUGCAUCCACCUAUUCUGCCAUAGGGUAUAUCCACAGUCUGAUGGGCAACUUUGAAAAUGCUGUGGAUUAUUUCCAUACAGCCCUUGGUCUUAGACGAGAUGACACAUUUUCUGUUACAAUGCUUGGUCAUUGCAUUGAAAUGUACAUUGGAGAUUCUGAAGCUUAUAUCGGAGCAGACAUUAAAGACAAAUUAAAAUGUUAUGACUUUGAUGUGCAUACAAUGAAGACACUAAAAAACAUUAUUUCACCUCCGUGGGAUUUUAGGGAAUUUGAAGUAGAAAAACAGACUGCAGAAGAAACGGGCCUUGCGCCACUGGAAAACUCCAGGAAAACUCCAGAUUCCAGACCCUCUUUGGAAGAAACUUUUGAAAUAGAAAUGAAUGAAAGUGACAUGAUGUUAGAGACAUCCAUGUCAGACCAUAGCACGUGACUCCAGACAGUGGUCAAAGGGCCCAUGCGUGCUGUAUAAGUCAGUAUUCCUUCACAUCCUUGCCAUGUCUUAAAAGAGUUUCCUACUUCCUAAUAUGAAUCCAAACUACAUCUCUACAUAUAGGACCAGCAACCUGCCUUAAGAGAUGGGAUAGCACACCUCUGCAACAGAUAUUUUCUGAUUCUCUGAACCUACAAAAUAGUUACACGUAGUGGAAUAAAGAAGGUACAACUGUCCAUUACGUCUUUUUCAAUAAACUUUUAUUUU